AUGGGUUGUCUGAAACCCCAACAUCUUCUCUACAAAACCAUAAAUCCAAAACCUUCUUCUUCUUCUUCUUCAUUAUUCCCAUGUCGUCCUUUGCCAUUAUUACAUCCUAACUUCUUCCCUUCCACUUCUACUGUCCGUACAACAACCACCUCAACUGCAUCAUCAUCAUCAUCCUACAAUGUCACCUUCAAGACCCGCAAAUCUUGCAAACUUGGCAUUUCAAUCUUCCCCGAUUUCGACUACAAUGCCGAAUCCGGGUCCGGUUCGGGUCUCGGGUCAUCAUCCACAACGAAAACGUCGGCCGUUGAUCGAAUCGACGACAAAAACGGCACCACCCAACUCUCCGUCAUGUUCGACGCCCAGCGCCUCUACAUCCCGCCAAUGUCAUUCAACACCGCUCGAUUCUUGGGCCUGCCGUUGCCGCCAUUCCUCCGAAUCGACAUCGUCCCCGAGGCCCUCUACGGAACGAUCGACCGAGAAUCGGGGGAGAUCGAGCUGAAUUUCAAGGCCGAGUUUUGGUUUUCUGUCGGGACCGUUUACAAAGCUCCGCCGAUGCUCGUCGACACAGUUCUUACGACGGAAGAGUCAAGGGGAAAGAUGAGAGGCGGGAAAGGGGAGAGGAUGCAAAAAGACGGGUCUUGUAGACUCGUCGGGAUCGCAACGGUCGACCCAAUCGACGACGUUUUCAUGGACACGUUCCUCGGCCUUCCUACCGAGUGCCUUGCCGUUUUGAACGCUGUGAUCGCGUUUUCGGACGCGUAGUCGCCGCCCGCUUGAUUACUACGAUGUUAAUCUCUGUAAUAAUUCUCGUAUCGUUCGUUUUCCUUCCUCGAUCUUUCGGAGGUUUAAAUAUGGAAAAGGAAAGUAAAGCGUUUUGAGUUCUUA